GACAAAUGAGUGACCUGGUUUCCACAAGCAAGAGAAGAGAAGAGAAGAGAAGAGAAGAAAACUAGACUAACCUUUCCACUCAACAUACUAGAGAAGGAGGGAGAUGGAGAAAAUCGAGAAUGGAAUACCAGAACAAACUGAGAAGAAGGAUUCUUCAGUUUGUGGAUUCGAAUCUCUACAUCGCCUUCUCCAUGCGAACCUCAGCCCUGAAAGUUUCCAGGAAGUCAGCCGUCUGAUCUCAGGACUGAAUUGUGGAAGAGCACUUGAAUCCAUCACUCUCCCAGAGGCUUCUAAAGCAUUAUCUUCAGAGCAUGAUUUUGACCUUCAGGCAUUCCAUUUUUCUGCUGACAAGGAAUUAGUCAGACAACCUCGGAUAGUUAGGGUUGGUCUUAUUCAGAACAGUAUUGCUUUUCCAACAACCUCACCACUUUUGGACCAGAAAAGAGCCAUCUUUCAGAAAUUGAAGCCCAUUAUUGAUGCAGCAGGUGGUGCAGGAGUUAAUAUAUUAUGCUUGCAAGAGGCUUGGAUGAUGCCUUUUGCCUUUUGUACACGUGAGAAGAAAUGGUGUGAAUUUGCUGAGGAAAUCGAUGGAGAAUCAACACAGUUUCUGCAGGAGUAUGCAAGAAAAUACAACAUGGUCAUCAUAAGUUCAAUUCUAGAGAGAGAUGUGAAACAUGGAGAGACCCUUUGGAACACCGCUGUUAUAAUUGGUAAUAAUGGAAACAUAAUUGGCAAGCAUCGUAAGAACCAUAUACCUAGAGUUGGGGACUUCAAUGAGAGCACAUAUUACAUGGAAGGCAAUACUGGCCAUCCGGUGUUUGAGACAGCUUAUGGAAAAAUUGCGGUUAACAUUUGCUAUGGCAGGCACCACCCUCUUAACUGGUUAGCUUUUGGCUUGAAUGGUGCUGAAAUUGUUUUCAAUCCAUCUGCAACUGUUGGGGAACUUAGCGAACCAAUGUGGCCAAUUGAGGCACGGAAUGCUGCAAUAGCAAAUAGUUACUUUGUUGGAUCAAUAAACCGUGUUGGAACAGAGGUAUUCCCAAAUGCAUUCACUUCUGGUGAUGGGAAGCCUCAACACAACGAUUUCGGCCAUUUCUAUGGGUCAAGUCAUUUCUCUGCUCCUGAUGCUUCAUGCACGCCAUCCCUCUCUCGUAACAGGGACGGGUUGCUCAUAUCAGACAUGGAUCUGAACCUCUGCAGGCAGCUGAAAGACAAAUGGGGAUUCAGAAUGACAGCUCGGUAUGAUGUUUACGCCGAACUGCUUGGCCGUUAUGUUAGGCCUGACUUUGAGCCACAAGUCAUUUCUGAUCCUUUACUUCACAAGAAGUAGAUUUAUAAUCCGCAAAAGUGAAAGUGUUGAAGGAACUGUAAUAUUUAAAUAAUUUGCAGUGGAAAAGUUGCUUCAGAUUAUUCGCGAAUAAAUAUAGGGUAUGAUUUGCCACAUUGUUAUUA